AUGACUGCAGCCAGCGACCCCUUGAUCCACUAUCGCACAGUAUUUCGCACAUCAGCCAUCAAAUGCACUUGGUUCUCUUGCCGCCGUGAGUUUUUACAUUGCAUACUGGAUUCACUACUAGGUACGUAUGCAAUUUCUACCAAGCGUUCUAUCUCGUUUCAUACAUUAUUUGCAGGUCAUCUUGAAGCGUGCAGGCGUGGGAUUAUGCACCGCGACACCAGCGACGGCAACGUUUGGUUCUGGGUUCCUCAAACCGACCCCAAGUACGCGGUACCAGAAUGGUAUCUAUCAUCUCAGAGUGGUGUACCGCACUUUGCCACUCUGGAAGUCCCCGCACCCUGGUUUCCCAAGCGCCCUGGGAUGACUGGUGAUUUCGGCCUUGGCCUGAACUUGUUGGAUAAAGACGGUGCGGCCAAUGCUAUAACUACCACUGGAACUUUUCCGUUUGGCACCACGGCCGACUCAAACGAGGCUCCCCACAUCACGCAUGACCUGGAGUCAUACAUCUUUCUUCUGUGGAUCGUCGGUGUCAAUUUUAAGGGUCCGUACAAUCAGGUCGAACACUGG